AGCAGUCCCCCAGCGCCGCCAUGGCUAGCCCGCAGCAGUGCCGGCCAAGCCCGGCCCGGUACUGCUCGAAGUCACCGCCCGAGCAGCCGCUGCAGGUGAAGGUGGUGGGGGUCUUCAAAAGCUCCAGCUUUCACAUCGCGAAGAGCGCUGCCGAGAGUCUGAAGAGUAAUUAUCCAUCCAAAUUUGAAGAUCCUAUAAUAGUUCCUCUUCAAGAAUUUGCAUGGGACCAAUAUCUGCAGGAGAAAAAACGGGAACUCAAGAAUGAGAUCUGGGAAUAUUCUUCCUAUGUGAUGUGUUUUGUUAACGAUCAGUUCCUGGGUGAUGCAUUCGAUCUUCAGAAAUGGGCUCACAAGAUGUGGGAUGUAGUUGAUUUUAAGCCCCCUGCACUUUAUGAGGCACUUACUGUGGAUUAUUCUGCUAAAUUCUUAAGAGAUACCAAGCAUGGUUUUGUGUUCUUGGACAUUUCUAUUGAUUUGCAGCCAAUUGGAAGGUUGAUUUUUGAGCUAUACUAUGAUGCAUGUCCCAAAACAUGUAGAAACUUUCAGGUCUUAUGCACAGGAAAAGCAGGGUAUUCUCAACGUGGCAUCAGGCUACAUUACAUGGGUUCAAUUUUUCAUCGAAUAGUACAGAAUGGUUGGAUACAAGGAGGAGAUAUAGUAGCUGGAAAAGGAGAUGAUGGUGAAUCGAUUUAUGGACCAACAUUUGAAGAUGAAAACUUUUCAGUUCCUCACGAUAAAAGGGGAGUUCUUGGAAUGGUCAACAAAGGCCGUCACAGCAACGGGUCACAAUUCUACAUCACAUUACAACCAACACCCUAUCUAGAUAGAAAAUAUGUAGCUUUUGGGCAACUGAUUGAAGGAACACAAGUUCUCAAAAAUCUAGAAUUGGUUCCAACAGAGAAUGAAAGACCAAAACAACAUUGUAUGAUUACUGACAGUGGAGAUCUUUAUGCCUGAUUUUCAUCCAGUAUUUUCUGACAAGUUAUUAUUAUACGUCUGAUCAGCAGUUUCUGUAUUUAAACAGUGCCUGAUAAAAUUUAAUUUGAAAGCUGUGCAGACCACUGCAGGUUGGCCCACCCAACACCUAACCCCUCCCCAUUUUCCCUUCUUGCCUCUGCCAUAGAGACUAUAAAAGCAAAACACUUCAUUUCCCAGCCUCUUUUGCAGCCAGUCAUGGCCAUGGGAUACCAUCUGACCCGUGAGACAAGAGUAGAAUGCCAGUGGUCCUGCCCUUUCCCCUUCAUCCAGUCUUGAAUGCAGAUAGGCUGGAGCUGUGAAGGAAAGGCCAAGAAAACUAGAGAUGUCAGUCUCAACUCUUGAGCUGCAGAAACCAAUUCCAGCAAGUACCUAUCUCUGGACUUUUUCCUGUGAGACAAAUAGACUCCCUGCGUGCUUA